CAUGAACGCUGGCUGCAGAUAGAUAUGCAUGUUGGGCAUAUUGAUUUGAAUGCCUACUAUGGUGAAAGUAGGCAUUCCCCAUCGCUGACCUAGAAAAAAAAAGGAAAAGAAAAAGGGUAGGGUUAUUAAAGAGACUGGCAUCCUAUACUUGGGCAGGUUAGCAAAACCAAAGUAAUCCUUUUUUCUGUUCUUAGAGUAUGGUUUAUGAUACUGCCACGGCACACUGGUUUUCCUUAUAGUUGAGGGAAAGUAUAGACGCUCGCUCAUUUUGCAAGCAAAGAAGCAUUUAGUUUCAGUUUCAACAGGAAAAAUAAACCAUGCAAUUCGGAAGCCCAGGGCACUACAAGGAAGAAACUGCAGCUGCCAUUGAUUUAACAGGAUUGAUAGAAGAUCAUUUCCACUGCCGUGGUCGCUGCUGCCAUCAUCAUCAUCAUAACCAUCUCAUGUCUGAAGAAAGCAGUAGCAGUCACAUAAGCUCCCAGGGAAGGAAUAUUGGGGCAGCGAUGAUUUUUCGCCGUGGCAGUGGCAGUGGCAGCUCAGGUGAGUCUCAGGAAGAUUACUGCAGCAUUAACAUUUACAUUAACAAUAACACUCAAGGGGUGACCAACUCCGUUUUGCUUGGUAGUGAGGUGAAAAUGAGAGACCCCGGUGUUUGCUUCUCCGCUGGGGAUUUCAUGUUGGACAAAGGGUCUCUGGACACCUGCCUGGAAAGAAUGAACAAGAUCAAUUCCUUGGGUUUAAAACUCUGUUUUUGUGGGAUGUUUUUGCUUUUUGCAUUUCUGUGUGUUCUCUUAUUGCUAUUGUCCUGGUAUUAAUAUCUACUGUCUUGAAUUAGCAGCGGCAGGGUUGGGGCAACUUUCACUUCAGGGCUUUGAAUGUUGAAUCAAUUAUUCA